GCAUUACGGCAUUUUAGCGUUGUUUGUUGAUGAUUUGUUCGUCUUCUCUAUAUAGUCUUCCUCCAUUUUCAUCAGCUUCGAUCCUAUAAUCUCUCGGGUGAAAAAGGGAUUUUUUUUCUUUGGAUAAAGAAGAAGAAAACAACGAAAACAGAAGAGAAAAAGAUAUAAAUGGUGCUUCGUGUAAGACAUGGAUGAAUAUUCUGUUAAAAGAGCUGGCAAUGGGCUUGUCGCCCCCAGAAGAGGUUUAAGGGACACGAUUGAAAACAAAGAUAAAAAUGUUCAGUAUUGUUCUAGACUUGGAUGUAGUGGCCGGGUCAAUUAUACUAAGAGUACCAGAGUUGGAGGCAUGGAGAAACCUAGAUCACUAAGGCCUACUUUCAGUUCUUCAAACGGAAAGGAAGUAGUUGGGAGUUCAUCUGUGACAUCCUCUGGAAUGACUACUGCGAGAAGGUCAGGCAAGGAAUCUCACAAAAAAUACUCUUCUCACAUUGAAAACAAGCGAUCAGAUACCAGUUCCUUACGUAAAGAGCCAGAAGUUUUAAAACAGAUGCAGUCAUCAACAGAGCGUCAAUUCCAAUUUGAUUCAGCAAAGAGAGAUACUGGAUCCAGUAAAGUUGUAUUUACAGAUGUUGGUUGCUCUAGUGGAACAUCGAGCAGACCUCGAAAAAUAUUUGGUCAUGGACCUGGUUCUUCCAACCAAAAGAGUCCAAUGAAUUCCUCUAUUUCUUCAUUGUCUAAAUCCAUUAGUGCUGGGAUGAGGAGCAGUAGUAGUGGGGAAGGAUACAGGUUGAAAAAUCUGAAGUGCAAUUCCACACCAGAUGUCCUCCCAUAUAGUUCUUCAGCAUCAGAAUCAAGUACCAGUCGAAGGGAAACAGUAAAAAGGAGAAAUACUGAAGGUGAAAGCAGUUCAUCAUCUAAAGGGAAAAAAAUGAGUGGGGCAUCGCCAAAUGAAGGACGUGCAGUUCGUCCCGCUACUGGAAUCUCCAUCUCUGACUCAAGGAGUAGUAGAAGCUCGGAUUUCAGUGACGGUAAUCGUGCUGUAUCAGUUCGGACCCGCAGAUCAAUGAAUGUGAGUACUAGGUUAAGGGGUCCUGUUCAGGAUUCAUUGCAUACUAAGUCCUCUGGCUCAAGACAAAAUUUACCUGAGCCUGGAACUCCAAAUCUAGAUAUGCCUAGUUCAUCCAGUCAACUUUUCAUGGAUUCUUCAUCAAGUGAUUAUAGCACUUAUAGUUUACCUGCAAAUGAUUAUGAUGAUGAUGAUGAUGAUGAUGACGACGAUGAAGAUGAAGAUGAUGAUUUACCUGGUGUAGUACCAUUCACUUCAGCAGAAAUCGGCAUUAACGGUAUGAACCGUGAAGCAUUGCAGCGAUAUAACAUGGAUGGAGUUGCUCAGGUAUUGCUGGCACUUGAGAGAAUCGAACAAGAUGAAGAGUUAUCUUAUGAGCGACUACUGGCGUUGGAGUCCAAUUUGUUCCUCAGUGGCCUUAACUUCUAUGACCAGCAUAGAGACAUGAGACUAGAUAUCGAUGACAUGUCCUAUGAGGAAUUAUUAGCACUUGAGGAGAGGAUUGGCUCUGUUACUACCGCUCUGCCUGAGGAAGAACUAUCGAAGUGCCUCAGGAGAAACAUUUAUCAGGGUAGGGCUUCAGAAACAGAAACACUAGAAGCUGAUGAGGAUGGAGAUGACAUCAAGUGCAGCAUUUGUCAGGAGGAGUACGUGAUCGGAGAUGAAAUAGGGAACCUGGGAUGCGAACACGGGUAUCAUAUGGAGUGCAUAAAGCAGUGGUUUAAGCUCAAGAACUGGUGCCCUAUCUGUAAGGCUGCAGUAGAAUCAUUGAAAACGACAUCUUAGUUGCAAAAUCUUUAGAUACCUUAAAAACUCCAGAUGUGGGAAAGCUGUUAACAGUUUCCCUGUGUACAAAUUCAUCUGGGGGUUGGUUCUUGUGGAUUCCUGCAAUUCAUAUUUACUGUUCUCUUUUUAGUUUUUUCUCUAUUUUCUUGUACUUUUUUUUCUCUUUUCUUUUACUUAAUUGCUCUUGCCAUAUGAACCAAUAAACCCAGGCCUUUUUCUGGCUUUGUGGUGGUGAAUGUUUUCAUAUUCAUUUCCUUCAACCUUUG